UGAAUUGUAUAAAACAUUGGUAGCAGUGAAUAAAUGUGCACGAUGCUAAAGUUUCGCUCUAUCUUGUCCAAAUCCAAAUCCAAAUCAAAAUCAAAAUCCAUCAUCAGUGGCAAUCGUGUUCUUCCUCCUACUUUCACUACCUCCCAAUUCGUUCACAACAACGUUACCAAUCUCUACCUUCCCACUGAUUCUUAUUAUUUUUUUUCUCGCCGCACGAAUCCAUAUGCUCAAGCUGCUUACUCAUUCUCUAAGCCUCCUGGAUCCACACCUGCCAAUUCUAGGGUUCCGGCUUCUCGGAGCUUCUGCACCGCCUCGGAUAGGGACUCCAUCGAGUACGACGUCGUUAUCGUCGGAGCAGGACCCGCCGGCUUAUCGGCGGCGAUUCAGUUGAAGCAAAUGUGUAACCAAAAAAACGCCGACCUCUCCGUGUGUGUCCUCGAGAAAGGUGCUGAAGUUGGUGCUCACAUUCUUUCUGGAAACGUGUUUGAACCUCGCGCAUUGGAUGAGCUUCUCCCACAGUGGAAGGAGCAAGAGGCUCCGAUUAACACUCCUGUUUCUUCUGACAAGUUUUGGUUUCUGACCAAGAAUCGCGCAAUUUCGCUUCCAUGUCCUUUUAACAACAGAGGCAACUAUGUAAUAAGUCUAAGUCAGUUAGUACGUUGGUUGGGAACAAAAGCUGAAGAGUUAGGAGUGGAAAUAUACCCAGGAUUUGCUGCUAGUGAGAUAUUGUAUGAUGCAAAUGAAAAAGUUAUUGGUAUUGGAACUAAUGAUAUGGGAAUUUCAAAAGAUGGUUCAAAGAAGGAGAAUUUUCAACGUGGUGUCGAGGUCAAAGGUCGCAUAACACUUUUGGCUGAGGGAUGUCGAGGAUCAAUAUCAGAGAAAAUAAUGAAAAAGUAUAACCUAAGGGAGAAAGGAGGUGCAGAACAUCAGACAUAUGCUUUGGGAAUUAAAGAGGUUUGGGAAAUUGAUGAGGAAAAGCACCAACCUGGUGCAAUAAUCCACACGUUGGGAUGGCCCUUGGAUCGAAAAACAUAUGGAGGAUCUUUUCUGUAUCACAUGAAAGAUAAACAGAUAUCUAUAGGCCUUGUGGUUGCCUUGAACUAUCAGAACCCUUUCAUGAAUCCUUUUGAGGAAUUCCAGAAACUUAAGCAUCAUCCUGCAAUCAAACCAUUUCUGGAAGGUGGAACUGUUAUCCAGUAUGGAGCUCGCACUUUAAAUGAAGGCGGUUUUCAGUCUAUCCCAUAUCCAGUUUUUCCUGGAGGAGCAAUUAUUGGAUGUUCAGCUGGCUUCAUGAAUGUGCCUAAAAUAAAGGGAACUCACACAGCAAUGAAAUCAGGAAUGCUUGCAGCUGAAGUUGCAUUUGGUGCACUUAAUGAAGGUCUAGAUAUGGAUUUGUAUUGGGAUGCUUUGAGGAAUUCAUGGAUUUGGGAAGAACUAUAUAAAUCUCGGAACUAUAGACCAGCCUUUGAAUAUGGACUUAUCCCAGGAAUGGCCUUAAGUGGUCUGGAACAUUACAUACUCAAGGGGAGACACCCAUUUACCUUGAAGCAUGGUAAACCUGAUCAUGAAGCUACAAAUGCUGCACAGUUGCAUUCUCCAAUUCACUAUCCAAAGGCUGAUGGUGUCUUGUCAUUUGAUGUACCUACCUCUCUGCACAGGAGCAAUACAAAUCAUGAGCAUGAUCAACCUCCUCAUCUUCGUUUGAGAGACCCAAAGAUUCCUGAACUUGUAAAUUUACCAGUGUAUGCUGCACCUGAAUCGCGAUAUUGUCCUGCACGAGUAUAUGAGUAUGUUGCAGAUGAGCAGAAUCAACCGAAGUUGCAAAUUAAUGCACAAAACUGCUUACAUUGCAAGGCUUGUGAUAUCAAAGAUCCAAAGCAAAACAUUGAGUGGACAGUGCCUGAAGGGGGUGGAGGUCCCGGAUACUCAGUCAUGUAGAUCCAGAAAUGCAGCGUUUGUAUUAUUAUCCGUUGCCCCUAU